AUGCGACAGGGUACUAUCUCUAUGGUACCUGAAUACUACCGGAGAGGUAUCGUGAUGCUACCGGGUAUGAUCUCUGACGAGCGUAUGCUUUCGGGUACCAUAAAAGUAGCUAAUAAGCUACCUCACGAGCGGUUUGGUACCUACUCGCAUCGACCUUCCAAUUCACCUUUCUCGCCUUUGAUUCCUAUGAAACUUACGAAAUUCCUUGGUUGAGCAGAAAAUAGUUCAUUUUUAUAUGACUUUUUUUUCAAAACUUUUUUUGUCUAGAAUUCUUAAAUUCGUAGGCUACCUCUUUAAAAUCGAUAGGAAACGAGGACUUGAAUUAUUCUCAAUUCAGUUAAAUUUUGAAACAAGCAAGCAUGAGAGGAAAAUUCAGAAUAUUUAUUUUUAAACGGUACCAGUUUCUGCUUCGAGAACCUGGAAAGAAUAAAGCAAAUAGAUAAAUGUAAGUCUUGUGGAGUAGACCAGAGCGGUCUCGUUAACAAUAAGACGAAAAGAGACGGCAAGGCACCGGACAGCACGAGAUGAGCCGCCCAGCGUUCCUUCGGUCUUCCUCGCAUCGUUUUGUGUUGUUUUCCGCAAAAACUUAGUUAACCGUUCCAGAUGAGAGUCAGCUGAGAGGUGAGGCACUCGAAAAUGUGACUGGCACCAUGCGAAACCGCAUCUUGAAAAAUCGUUCAACCCCCAGAUCAAAAGUCGAAAAGUUAUAUAUAUAUAUAAAAAGUUUUUUUGUAAUUUUUUUACAAGUUUUUUUCGCACCUUUAUUUGUUGUAACAAGUGGCUAAACAGAAAAUUUAUAUUUUUUUGAAUUCAAAGGGUUCGAUGGCGUCGUAAUUUGGAAUCUCGUAGCGAGAAAUGACUUUUAAAAGUUGAGAAAAUUCUCGUUAUUGGCUGGAAAGGAAUAGUUUUAUCGCUUAUAAUACUUGAGAAAAAAGAGAAAUUUUCUGAGGGAAAUUGUUCGUUGGUGUUUCGCAAUGAACACGUCUCGCCAAACAGAACAUUCCAGUGCUUAUUAUCAUCUUCUUUUCGAGCCUCAUUGUUUUAUUGUUUUUAUGUUCAAGGUGCUCUUCAAUCAAAUCUUAAGUUUCCAUUCAGUCACUUUUAUUGUAAACUUUGUUUCUUCAUUCAACCAUGUUUCAAAUGGAAUCCGUUUUCGAUCUUUUUUUCAUCGUUCACUGGUUCGCUGUUUUUUUUCUGUUUUCUGCUAAUGAAAUAUCUAUUAUUCCAGUAAAAAUGGAACAGCAGCGGUUCACUUGCUUGAACUGUCAAGGAAACCUGAGAUUGGACAGUGUAAGACGUUCUGAAGGAACCGACGACGAAAGAAGCAAGGUAAAUGGUUUCUUAUCUUGUUAUUCAUUUUUCCAAGUUUGACUCUCGAAAGGUUGCAGAAGCCAAAAUAUUUCUUGAAGUCUAGUCAUUGCUAUUUUUCCUUUUUAUAAUUUGAUAUUUUUUAGUAUACUGAGAAAGAGAACGAUUCAACAGAAUCUUUGCAAGGACAAGCGAAAAAUCUGAUGAAAUUGAUUUGCGACGCACAAUGUCCCAGCGAUGCACCAGUUUGUGGGGUAAUUGAUUGAAAAGGGAUAAUAAAAUAGAGAAUCCAUUUCGAGGAAUGCUCUGACGAACUCUUGGUUGGAAUGGAAAAGCAACUAGCUUCUCUGGAGGAAGAAAGGGCGUCUUAUCAAACUUUCUUGGAUCAUUUGAAGGCCACGCAUUCAUCUUCUAAUAUUUCUGAACUCAAAAGCACUUUGCAAAACCUGCAGGUUCGUUUCUGACCUCAUUUGCCAAUUAGAAAGAUUUGAAAAAGUUUCAGUCACUCCUCUUUCUGAUACAAACAAUAAAAAAUCCCCACAUAAAUUAUGAUAGGGAUCGUUUGAAUUGAAACGUUUUUCAGGAUCAAGAGAAGAGCUUGGAAAAUGAGCUUGAGAAGCUCAUACUGGAAGAAAAAAGCAUCGACGAAGAGCUCCAAGUGAGAUUUUUUGAAACUUUUUUUUUAUAAAAAUGGUUUUCACCCUUCAAAUGUUAUGUUCUGUUUAGGCAAAAAGAAAAAAAAAUAAGGCGAGCGAGCAAAAGUCGGAGCAUCUUUGGCAAACAUACCGCGACAACUUGAGGUUUUUCUAAUUCCGAAAUUUUUGAUUUGGUUUUUGUGUUUCAGAAAAUUACUAGAAGCGGAAGACACCCUUCGAAGUGUUGAUUCUGAACUCCGAUACGCCGAUAUUCAACAUAGACGGUUUCAUCUCGAUUCUAAAAUUUUUUUCGAUUGGCUGUUUUCCAGGUUAACUGAUACGAAUAUCCUCGAUAUCUGCUUCCACAUCUGGGUGGAAGGACAAAUAGGUAAGUUUCUUCUUUUUUUUUUGAUUAGUUUUCAUUUUCUAAUUUGGUCGCUCUCAUAAGUUUUUUUUUUAUCGACGGAAGGCUUUUUUCGUUGCUAAUAGUCUCGUAAAACGCUGGAGCGAAAAAUUUUUAGUUCCUUUUCUUAGUUUUUAUCUGAGCUUAAGUUCAAAAAACUGCUUCAACGAUGAAAAGCGAAGAAAGACAGCGAAAUAUAGACUUUCGUGCUUAAACAAAACAUUUCAAUCGAAAGCCAGGGCAGCGAAAAGAGUAUAAGUUUUAUGAAUAUUUUAUUUAUUUUUUUUUUUUUUUGCGAAGGAUGCAUUUUGAGAUAUGAAUAAGAAAAAACUCUGUGAUCAAUGAAAUGAAAAAAACUACUUGCAGGCGAGAUCAACGGUUUUUCGACUGGGUCGUCUGCAGGAAGUACCCGUGGACUGGACCGAAAUCAACGCCGCUUGGGGCCAAGUCGUUCUUCUGCUCGAUGUGAGUUUCACCUCAUUUCGACUUCAUUCUCUUAUAUUAUUUGCAGAUUUUGUUUGA